UGUGUGUUAAAAGUGAAAUGUUCGAAGAUACUAAGUGAAAAUUAUUAUAUAGAUAUGUUUGAGCCACAUCCAUUUGACAUGUUUUACAACUUUUAAAGCAGCCGUCGCGCAUUGAAAGAUAAGCCUGUCCAACAAGUUUUCCAUGCAGAGUUCUGACCAGCUCCCAUGGCUGUUGUUGUUGUUGUUGUUGCUGCUGCUUCAUUGUUUACAAACGGUUCCAUUUGACUGCAGCUGCAGACGCAGCCGAGCAAAAGAAUGAGAGCGAAAGCGCAGAGAGCGUCUGUGAGAGUAGGAGAGGGAGAGCGAGAGAGAGACAGAUCGUAAACAGAAAUGUGAGCGUUAGAGCUUGGCUGGGCUCUGCCUCAACGCUCGCGCGUGAACUUGCCACAACUUGGGGCAGCUUUGGACUUUUCAGUUAACGUUCAUCCGUCAAGCGCGCUGUUUGGUUACAGAAAAAAGAAAAACCGUUGAAAAUUGAAAAUCGCUGUCGCUGCUUUUUGUGCAUUUCCACUUAAACAGCUGCCCAGCCGCAGAAAUGACAUAAAGAAUAGAACAAUCUAUGUGAAACGAACGCGACUUGCCACAGGCCACAUGCCACAAAACGCUGACCGCUCAAUUGUCUUAAAAUUCACUUAAUUAAUUAAGAAACACCCACAACAACUGCGAAAUGGGGCGCUGUUUUAAUCACAAGUUUGUGCUCAACUUUUGCAACCUGUUGUUUUUGCUCUGUGGCACGCUGCUGAUUGUGGCAGGCUGUUAUCUGUAUACGGAUAGCAAACGCAUUCUGCUGUCACGUCUCCUGGCGGCGCCCAGCGAGCAGCUGAACUCGCUGCCCCAGCCGCUGCUGUACUACAUCGCAGUGGGUCUGGCCAUAGCCGGAUUUGCGGCUGUGCUGGCGGCGGUGCUGGGCUUCUGGGCGAGCUGCCUGCACACCUACUGCUUCCUCAGCAUCUACUUUCUGAGCGUGGUGGUGCUGCUGCUGGCGGAGUCUGUCAUUUGCCUGGCCAUCACACUCUGGCCGCACUGUCUGGGCAUCAGCUUGGACGAGGGGCAGAUGGUGAAGGCGCUGCAGCGCAAUUAUGGCGUGCCCGGCCAGGAGCAGUUCACCAAUGCCAUGGACCUGGCCCAAACCCGUUUCGGCUGCUGCGGCAUGCGUAGUUCCUUGGACUACGACAACUCGCUGUGGCGCCUCCAGAGCUAUGGCCAGCGUAACUGGCCUGUGCCGCUCAGCUGCUGCGUGCUGGCCAAUGCGCCACAGCCGCUGGCCUUUCUCGAUCCCAAGCCCGCCAAUGAGACCCAGUGUCAGGCGCUGGAACGGUCCAUCUACGAGCGCGAGCGCUACACAGAAUCCUGCCUGAUGCAUCUGGAUGGCUGGUAUCGUGAGCAGUAUGGCAUAUUUCUGGCCGCCAGCCUGGUGCUUGCGCUGGUCGAGUUCAGCGUGCUGCUGGGCAUAAUACUCACCUGCACAGGCAUUGCAUCCCGGCGCGCCAGACUGGACAGUGGUCCGCGCUCCCAGGCAUUCAGCCAGAAGGGCAGACGCCGCACCACGGCCAAGUCGCGCCAGGCGCUCGUCGACAACAUUUACGAGUCGGAGGUGCAGCUGCGCGGCCAUGGCCAGAGCGGCGGCAUGUGCCUGGGCUCGGCCAGCCGGCAUGUGAGCAGCGAGGACUUCAAGGAGCUGUACGUCCAGCCCAGGGAUCUCUACAAGCAGCGCCAUAACACAACCUUCAAGCCGAUUGCCAGCGACUAUCAGACGCCAGCGCGCAGCUACUUGGUCUAGGAGACGUUCCUGGAAACAGCUCCUGCACAACUGGAACCACAUACAUAUAAAAACCAAAGUAUUAAACAAACACGUAAAAUAAAGUACUUUAACUAAUGCGUUAAGUCACAAACGAAAAA